CGUCACAGUCACACCUAUUAAUUACCCACUCCCACCUUAAGGAAAAUUGAAGAAAAGUACCUCAUGGACGUCUUCCAAAAGAAUGGAUAUCCACGGAAUUUCAUCAAGAGACAUAUACCCCGAAGCCAACCUACCAAAGCAAAAACCACCAAGGAAAGCACAAAGAAAAUUGCCUUACGAUAUAUAAAAGAUAUCUCAGAAAUCACUACAAGACUCUUCAAACCUUUAGCAAUUGACGUCGUACACAAACCAACAAAGUCGCUGCACUCAAUUCUAUGUCAACCAAAAGACUUAACAGCGAAAGAAGACAAAACCAACAUCAUCUACAAAAUAAACUGUAACAACUGCGAAAAACACUACAUCGGCCAAAGUGGACGUCCCUCAUUUCACUACACACAGACAACUACGGACAUCAAUUCGACUCGGACAACGUUCAAAUAUUAGACAAAGGAAAUAACAAGAAUGCUAGAGAAUUUUUAGAAGCUUGGCAUUCCAGUGAAUCAUCAAUCAAUAGACACAUCGAGAUAGACAAAAGUUAUCAACCAAUAAGGAAGAAACUUCAUACACAAAUGUUCAAAGUUCAAGGCAAAGAAACAACCGGUUCCAAUGCAAGUAACCAAGAAGAUGUGAAAACACACACAAACAACUAAUCACGUCCAAGGUCACCAGGAGAGAUGAUCAAUAAACUCGUGGAGAAAUCUAAAAGCUCACUUCAAAUUGAAGUAUGCGCUGACGAUGUCACCCAGUAAGGUGAUGAAAGCUUUGCAAACUAAACAUCCAGCUCAGAGAACAAAACCAUAUCAAAAAAAUCAUCCACCUGAGCUACAAAUCUUCUCUAUCAUAUCUAAAUUACCCACUCACACACACACACACACAGUGUGAAGAGGA